AAUUACCAGUGACGUAGCGAGUGAUGUGACAUUGUUUUAAAUUUUUUUUUUUGGUUGAUGUGACAGUGGCCACAGUGUUGGGUUAAGGGUUGUGUCUGUGGGGGUUGUUGAAGGCGCAGUGACGGAAGAAGCUUCGGAAAAGUACGAAACGUCACCGGGUCUGCCGUCACUGCAGAUGGGAGUGUUUGAAGAAAGAGCUUCUCACACGCCCGGGAUGCAUUGGCAGCAGCACGAGCAGUACAUAGGCCCGGCGUACGACCCAUCCCGCGACCUAUCGCCGAACUUGCCGUCGUGCGACUCGUCAAUGGGGGACGCAGACCCUUCGGUCUCCAGCGGCAGUUCCUGCAGCACCCCCUCCAACAACAACCACCAGUCGUGCGGGUCGGACACGUGCCGGCCGCCGCCGCCGGCGCUCAACCAUCCCCCGCCGCCCCCGGGCGAGCUGUGCCGUCCCCAUUCCUCCUUCGAGCACCACAUCCCGAAGCUCGAGCCGCUCCAGACGCCGGGCACGCCGCCCACGCCGCCGCCAAGCUGCGCCGACGACGGCGGCGGCGGGGCCGUGUGUGCCGGCUGCGGCAUGAGGAUCACCGACAGGUUCUACCUCCAGGCGGUGGACAGGAGGUGGCACGCGUCCUGUCUGCAGUGCUGCCAGUGCAGGAACACGCUGGAUGGGGAGAUCACCUGCUUUUCCAGGGACGGGAACAUCUACUGCAAGAAGGACUAUUACAGGCUGUUUGGGAUGAAGAGAUGCGCGCGAUGUCAGGCCACCAUCAUCUCCUCGGAAUUGGUGAUGAGGGCCCGUGAUCUCGUUUUUCACGUGCAUUGCUUCUCCUGCGCUGUGUGCAACUCCCCCCUGACGAAAGGGGACCACUUCGGGAUGAGGGAUGGGGCGGUGUUGUGUCGGCUGCACUUCGAAAUGCCGGUGACGGAGCCGCUGCCUCCGGGCAUGUUCCCGCCCGGAAUGCACCACUAUCCGCCGCCGUUUCCCAGUCCGGAGUUCCACCACCAGAUACCUCCACCGACGCCUGUCGAGUCUAUCGGUAAAGUUCCUUUCUUCAAUGGGGCGCCCACGACGCCCAGGCAAAAGGGCCGGCCCAGGAAGAGGAAGCCCAAGGAUCUGGAGGGGAUGACUGCAAACCUAGAUUUAAACUCGGACUAUUUGGACAUGUCCUUCGGCCGUUCGCCUGGAACUCCAGGCAUGCACGGUUCGAGUCAAAGGACGAAAAGGAUGCGAACGUCCUUCAAACACCACCAACUUCGUACCAUGAAGUCCUACUUUGCAAUAAACCACAAUCCGGACGCAAAAGACCUGAAACAACUAUCCCAGAAGACUGGCUUGCCCAAAAGAGUACUCCAGGUGUGGUUCCAGAACGCCCGAGCCAAGUGGCGACGAAUGAUGCUGAAGCAGGAGGGCAAGUCCGGGGACAAGUGCUCCGGUUCGGAGAGCAUGAGCGACCUGGACCUGUACCCCCACGGUCCGGGCUCCAUGGCCUCCAGCAUCCAGUCGAUGGCGCCCCACAGCCCCCCUUUCAUCCUGCCCUCCGGCAGCCCCUCGUCGCUCGACUGCUCGUGAGAGCGGCCGCCGAAUUAGGAAAAAAGUAUUUAUUUUGGUGACUACGAAUGUGAUCGUGGACGUUGUGUUAGUUAUUGUUACUAGGAAGUGGUUUGUACUUACUAAAUAGAGAUUAAUUGGCGAGGGACACGUUUCCUAUAUUCCAGUGCAAAAAUAGUUGAGGUUAAUUAUUCAAAGUGUCCCAUCAUUAAUUAUUUUCAAGACAGCACAUGCACCAAGUCACAUGGAAUCCAUCAGUGUCAAAGCGUUUUACUAUUUUUGAAGCGAGCGAAAUUUUCGGUUUCGAGGAGGAAAAUAAACGACAAUAAUUUUCCA